AUGAAUCUGGAGGGAGUGGGAGACGAGGUAAGGUGCCGCGCUUUCUCGGUAACCUUGGCGGGACCUGCAAUACGGUGGUUCAAUAACCUCCUGCAGGGCUCAGUGAACGGCUUCGCGGAUACCAGCCACGCCUUUUUAGCCCAAUUCACAACCAGAAUUGCAAAAGUGAAGCACCCAAUCAAUCUGCUCGGGGUGACUCAACGACCUGACGAGCCGACCAGGAAGUACCUGGACAGAUUCAACGACGAGUGCCUGGAAAUCGACGGACUGACGGAUUCAGUUGCAAGUUUGUGCCUGACAAACGGACUCCUGAACGAGGACUUCAGAAAGCACCUCACCACGAAGCCGGUGUGGACCAUGCAGGAGAUUCAAUGCGUAGCCAAGGAGUACAUCAACGACGAAGAGGUGAGCCAAGUCAUGGCCGCCAAUAAAUGGCAGCCAGCCUACAGACAUGACCGUCACCUCGGGAACAGAGAAGUACAGAAGGAACACGCCAGGGACGGCGGUCCGAGUAAGGCGCCCAGGCCGUUCCCUCGGGUCGGGAAGUUCACCCAUUACACUCCCCUCACCGCACCAAUCAAGGAAGUGUAUCAACAAAUCACUAAAAAGGGGAUCUUGUCGAAACCCCGGCCACUGAAGGAGCGAACGGGGGGAAACAAGAGCCUUUAUUGUGAAUAUCACAAGGGAUACGGGCACAAGACCCAAGACUGUUUCAACCUGAAGGAUGCGCUAGAGCAAGCAAUCAGGGACGGAAAGCUUGCUGAAUUCUCCCACCUCAUUAGAGAGCCGAGGAGGUGGAAUCGCGACCACGAGGGUGAGGACAGGUCCCGGGCGACGAGGCGACGCCAAGAACCGAAAGGAGACGACCACGGUCUCACGGUGGUGAACGUAGUAACGGCAAGGAACACGGCCCCGAAGUCGAGGUCGGUACAGAAGAAAGACGCCAAAAUCCUGGCAGUCUCCUCUUCAUCUGCGAGAAGUUCCCAGAGGCUACCGGCCAUCUCUUUUGGGCCAGAAGACCAAUGGUUCGACGAGGCCCUGGAAAGUCCCCCCAUGGUCAUCACGGCCAGAGUCAGAACCGGUCUCGUCAAACGGAUCCUCGUGGAUACAGGGGCGGACUCAAACAUCAUGUUCGCAACGUAUUCGAUGCCUUGGGAUUGCGUGACGCCGACCUAG